AUGUCUAGAGGAGGAGCACGGAGCACAACUACUACAGUACUUUCUUCAUCCGUUCAGCAACCGUGUUUCUUCUCUGGUCGCUCAUCUUCCAUCUGCUCUCUGUUUUCGAUGGCGUCUGAACUCCGACCAGCCCCUCUCUCUUUUCCCUCCCCUUUCUGUCCUGCAGGCUUGCUCCACUCCACCUCGACCUCGCAGGACGUGGACUUCCUCCUGGGCUUGCCUCGGAUAUUCUGGAUCGUGCUGGCUGACAUUGCCUGCCUCGCGGUCUUCUUCUUCGUCACCCGACAAGUGCACGAGAUCGAGAAGAGGGGUCGGGUGACCAGGUAG